UGAGGUGUUACCAGCAAAGUUGAUGGCCUGCUUGUGAAGAAAAAAUGAUUGUCACACUACAUGAAGUGACAGGAUUUAACGGGGUCACGUUUUUGGGAGGUCAAAUUGAAUGUUGGAUAUAAGACUUUUUCUGGGAUGGUUGACCUCAACCAGUGUUUUCUCCUCGUAACGUGAUGUUGUGAUCUUGUGUGUGCCCGCCCAGAAUGGCGUCCACCAAGCUGGCCCUCCUGCUGGUCGUUCUGUCCUGCAUUGAGAGCUGUCUGUCCACCCCAUGCGUGGUUGACAGCUUUUCCGUCAAACAGGACUUUGAUCCCAAGAGAUACUCAGGGAAGUGGUACGCUUUGCAGAAGAAGGAUCCGGAGGGUUUGUUCCUACAGGACAACAUCUCGGCGGAGUACACCAUCGACGACGACGGCAGCAUGACGGCUUCCUCCAAGGGACGCGUCACCCUCUUCGGCUUCUGGGUCGUAUGCGCUGACAUGGCUGCCCAGUACUCCGUUCCCGACCCCGCAACCCCCGGAAAGAUGUUCAUGAACUACCAGGGACUGGCCAGCUACCUGUCCAGCGGAGGGGACAACUACUGGGUGAUCGACACCGACUACGACAACUACGCCAUCACCUACGCCUGCCGCACCGUCAAGGAGGACGGCAGCUGCGAUGACGGCUACGCCCUGGUCUUCUCCAGGAACCCCCGCGGCCUGCCCCCGGCCAUCCAGCGCAUCGUGCGCCAGAAGCAGGAAGACAUCUGCAUGGUCGGACAGUUCCAGCCAGUCCUGCAAUCCGGAGCGUGCUAAGAAUGGCAAAGCGGGGGGAGCGGGCGAGCGAGACAAAAAGCAAAGCGGCGACACCAGGCUGCGGUUGUCGUGGCUUGAAAGCAAGAGUGAUGUGGAACAGAAUGUUUGUAUGGGACUGAUGUGAGACGAGAAUUUAAAAAAAAAAAAAAAAAGACCACCUUACCUAACCCCAUACCUGGAGUCCAAGUUUACGAAGUUGCUGUCUCCGGUGGUCUUUAAAUGAAUGUAACAAUAUUCUUUUUCUAAAACCACACCUGGCUUUGUUUUGUGAAUAAAGGAAAGUCUGAAACGUG